AUGACUGUUUUUUAUAAUCCACAAGGAUUAGUUUUAUAUAAUAGUUCAGAUUUAGAAAAUAUCUAUUUUGGAGAUCAAUUUAUUGUAAUUAGAAAAGAUUCUCCUGUAUUUUCAGAUGGUACAAUUUAUUUACACUAUAGAUGCCACAGACUUGAAAAGUGUAACAAAGUUGAUUUUAUCAAUCUUUAUGGAACAAGAAUGUAUUAUUUAGACAAAGUUCGUGAAGCUUUUUCUACUUGUGUAAUUCCAUUAUAUUAUGAUGAUCCAUUCCCAGCGCGUAUCAUUAAACAAGGCACUUUUGAUGUAUUUUAUCAUUACGAAGAAUUCACUUAUGCCAUCAAUGCUUGGGUCUCAGAAAUGUCUGAAAUUCAUUUCACAAUUGCAUCUAGGGGCGAUGAAGAUAGAGAAUUAGAUCAAUUAGGUCUCGAUUUAAUCAAAAAUAAUCCAUAUGCUUCAAAUUUAUUGACAUAUUAUGACUGCCGACCAAAGGAAAAGUUUAUUGAAAUCCCAGAGGAUAAAUAUGUAACACUUGAAUUCAAAUAUGGAUACGUUUGCUUUUCAAAUGGUGAAAGCUUUAUAGAUGAAAAUGGUGAAGUACUACAGAACUAUUACGAUCUAUCAGAAUCACGAAUAACAUUCAAAGUUAAAAGAAAUCCAAAUGCAAAAUACGCACAUAAUAUAUUACACUAUGUUUAUGUCGCAAAAUAUUCAGCAGAUACAGAAGUUACUUUAAUAGUAAAUCAAUACCAGAGCAAAGUCAAUGUUAAACCAAAAUCAACAUCAAAUAAAGACUACAUAAUUGUGUUCUUUAGUACAAUUAAAUCAUGUAUAACGAUCGAUAGGAAGCGCAACUAUUAUGAUAUUAUUUACAAAAAUGAUGAAGCGAAAAAAGUUGAUGGUGAACUAGCAUUUGAUAAUGUAACUUGUAUGAUGUUGAAUUUCGAGAGUUUUAGUAGAGGUAAUCCUGAAUUUAUUAUUAAUAAUACUAUUCAAACAGAAGCAAUUAUUGAGUACAAGAAUGCAACUUAUGGAUAUGAAAAUGUUGAAGUUAUUAAAGAUGAUGUUAAAGUUGAAUUCAGUCAAGAAGAGGAAACGGUUUUGGAAAAUGGAAUCUAUAACAUGAGAAUAACAGAAACAGUCAAAACAUAUGUUAUUAAGGAAGGUUACUCAGUUGCAUACUCCGCAGAAAACUUCCAAGAUAUGAAGGUUAUAACUAAAUCGAAAGGUGUCAAAAGAGAUUUAAUUGCAGAAAACGUUUUACAUGUUGAUUUCACAAAUAAUGGAAAAUUGGAAUUGUCAUAUGUUAAUUCCGUGCAUGAAUCAGCAUAUAUUACAAUUUACGUUUAUAAAACUCCUCACUACGACUGUCAAAAUAUUAUUUCAUUUGGUACAGCCAAAGUUGAAUUGUCCUCAAACAAAAAUGAUGACUUCUCAUUGAAACAAGGUAAAGAUAUUUGUUUGACAAUGUUAUUCAGUUUCUCAGGAACAACAAUUAAAGUUGAUGUAAAUAAAGCUGGAAUAAGUGUAACUCCAGUGUUUGACUUUAGUUUCAGCAAAUCCAUAAGGUCUGAUGAAUAUGAUAAACCAAUUUUAAUUAAGGUAACUCCACCAGAGAAUGGAGAAGAAGCAAGUUUGAACGUUAAUGUUGAAAAUCCAAAUGUCGAAGAAAAACCAAGAAUUGUUUCGAAAAACAGUGAGUAUAAAUCAGAACAAAUAACAUAUAGCGAGAAGGUUCCAGACCCAGAACCUGAACCAGAGAAAAAUCCAGAACCUGAACCAGAGAAAAAUCCAGGACCUGAACCAGAGAAAAAUCCAGGACCUGAACCAGAGAAAAAUCCAGAACCAAAUCCAAAAGAUGACGAACAAAAUGCGGAACCAACUCCAAAACCAGUAAAUGGUGGUUUAAUCGCAGGAGUCAUUAUUGGUGUAUUAGUAGUUAUCGCCAUUAUUGUUAUCGCCAUUCUCUUCCUGAUCAAGAAGAGGAAGAGUGCAAAUGAGCCAAGUGAAGGUUCCAUUGAAAAAGAUGACAUGCCUGACGUUUAA